GAGGCUCAUCUCAACUCUCUUGAGUACUGGUUUGUGAUACAGCACGCUACUUGCCGUGGUAAGUUGUCUUCUCCCGGAGUUGUGAUAGUGCUAAGUAUGAACGAGAAGAGCGCGAGUAAUAUCACCUUUGGCUGCCUCUUCAUCUCCACGAGCCUGGACUACGUACCUUUCGUGCGGAAGGCGAUAAUCGCCUCGUGCUUCGUGAAUGGGAUCAUGUCAGUUGUCGCGGUACUUGGAAAUGCGAUUGUCUUACUCACCAUCUACAAGACUUCCUCACUGCACACGCCGCCUAACUACUUACUCUUUAUGAUGGCGAUCGCGGAUUGUGGCGUCGGCCUUCUAGCUCAGCCUUCCUCUAUCGUGCGAAACGCCAUCGCCUUGCGCCUCAAGGGACCGGACGGCACGGAUCCGUCUAAGGCGCUGACGGACGCGUUUUGCGUUUCUGGCGUCGCGUCGGAGAUCUUCGGAGCGUUCUUCGUGUACUUUUCGCUGCUUUGCCUAACGGCGAUCUCAUUUGAGCGCUAUCUCGCGAUAAGGCUUCACCUCCGGUACACACAAGUUGUGACAUUGUCACGCACGCUUUUUCUCUCCGCGCCUAUACUGCUCGUCGCGUUGGCUAUUGUCACAGGGAGACUUCUAAGCGAAGGUUUCGGCACGUCCUAUUCCAUCCUUAUCGUAUUCGGCUCCCUGGUAUUCUUCGCUUGCUUGGCGGUCAUAGCGUUAUGCAACAUCAAAAUAGCGCUGGCGCUGAGGCGACACACGGUUCAGAUCAGCUCGCAGACUGCGCAAGCUAUGAGGACGGUGCUUGUGAUGGCCAAGUUCCGGAAGUCCGUAGUGACCAUGUUGCUUGUGUUUGUACUAUUUCUGACCUGUUUUUUGCCGUACGGAUGUGUGGGCUUGGUACAAAUGCGGCUUGGAGGUAUGACGCAUCAGUUGUACGUAGCGGCAUUUAGCACGUUCCCUGUCCUUUACCUCAACUCGUGUCUAAACCCUGCGCUGUUUUGCUGGCGAAUGAAAGAGAUACGGCGCGCGGCGAAGUCAGUCAUCAAAGGCUAUUGCAGCAACAGCCUUUAAACCUGCCACAAGACGUACGAGUUCUGCGUGCCUUAACCCUGCGCUGUUGCGCUGGCGCGUAAAAGAGAUUUGGUGCCAGGCGAAAACAGGCAAAAGAAACCAUUGUAAACCUGCGCACACAUGAGAUGUAGCAUCACUUAUCUAGGUUUAGAGGGUACUAUAGCAAACCAUUAGAUUUUUUUCUAUUGGAUUAUAGAGUAUAUUUAAAAAAAACUAAAUAUCUACAGUUUUAAAGAAGAAUUAUCAAAUAUCGUACGAAACGCCGAAUUUUCUGAUAAAAUUUGUUUCCCCAUCUUGCAAAUCAACGGAAUAAAAUGAAUCAAUCAAAA